AUGGAGCCUUUCAACGACAACGACAAGGGCAACCUGUCACGAUCGCCCGCGUCGUCGUCCGCGGCUCCAACUCUAUUCAUCGGUGCCGAGGAGAGACACCGGGGCGUGCCAGAGUUUACCAUCGAGGACAUGGCGCUGUUCCACCAUUGGACGCUGACGACGAGUGAAAGCAUUGCGGGAUGCUCGGGUGUCGACUACUACUGGCAAACGGUGUUUCCACAGAUUGCGUUUCAGCACCCUUUCGUCAUGUACGGCAUCCUCAGCUUGGCGUCGCUGCAUCAGGCACAUCUCUACCCGGAAAGCCGACAACGGCUCAUAACGGAAGCCGCCCGAUAUCAUAACCAAUCUCUGCAUGGUCUCAGGCAAGGCAUCGCGCAGAUCAAUGACGACAGUAGCGAUGCUUUAUUUGUUUGCACAUCGUUGAACAUUGUCUACGUCUUCGGCAUAUAUGGGAAACUCUACGACGAAACUGCAGGCGGUGCCGGUGCCGGUGCCGCCGCCAGAACAUCGCGAAUCUUAGGAGCCGACUGGAUUCCUAUGGUGCGAGGUGUUGAGGCCGUACUGCAUCCGACGUAUGAACGGGUGCGCCUUGGACCGUUGAAAUCACUCCUCAACCUCGGAAAUUGGGAGGAUUCAGACCCGGAUAGGGCGCAAGUGGUUGACGAUGACAGCUUCCGCAACCUUCAAAAUAUAUGGGUCGAGAGUGGUGACUGUGAAAUUUAUAACAAGACGUUGUAUUUGCUUCGGAAGUGCCAUGUAUUCAUGAAGCAAUUCCACAAUAUAGACGCCAACACUUCGCAGGACACAAACUAUCACAGGAAAACAUCUGCACCGCUUAUCUGGAUGCACUUUGCUCCCGACGAAUACUUUGUGCGGCUGCAUCAACGGCAGCCACCUGCUCUGCUAAUAUUUGCUUACUUUGGCUCGUUGUUUCAUUGCUUGGAUGGGUAUUGGUUUUUUGAGGGUUGGGGCAGAAGCAUUGUAGGAGUAGUAGAUGAGUUAUUGGGAGACUAUUGGGGCCCGUGGUUAGAAUGGCCAAAGCAGUUUGUAGGACUGCGAUAG